ACCCAAAAUGAUAAAAUAUUGUAUUUGUACAAGUUGUGUGCAUCCAAAACUCUCUGUAAUCAGUUGUACAUUAGCGUUACGUUUUAAUAUCUAAAAUCUUUUAUAUAUGUAGGUUUUGUAUAAAUAUUUUUGUAAAAUUUCUGUUUGUUGGUACGGACACAUUCGGACAGUUCUAAUCUGGAGUCAAGGCUGAUCUCUCUAGUAUAGAGUCUUGACAGUUGUCUGGAAUAUCUCAAGACAAUGCAUAGUGUGGGAGACAAUUCCUCUGACACUCAAGAAAGACUGUAUAAGAUGCUUGAGAAACUACAGACUCUAGCUCGAGACAUCCCAACAAAGUUCCAGCAACGUCUUCCUUAUGAUCUUCUGUCUUCACUUGCCCAUGUGCUGCUUGAUAAUACUGUGUUUGAGAUAGUGCGUGAAUUAGCAGAGUUACAGCACAUGACAGAGAAGAGCUUGCAUCAGCAACGUUCUCACAUGAUCAACAAUCACAAAGUUGAACGUGAAGCACUGCUCAAGACUCAUAAAGAGGAGCUUCAGGCUGCAGAGCGUCAGGGCAAAGCUCAUGUUGCCUCACGCUUGCCUCGUAUCCAUCAAGAGCAGUUAACACAGUUGGAUGCUCGCCAAGCUCAAGAAGUGGCUAAUACGCAUACCCGUAUACAGCAGGUGCUAGACCAAAAGGUGACAGAACAGCAGUCAACCUUGCAACAAGUUGGAGUUCCAGGGUUCCAUGAGACAGACAACCCUAUGGAGAUUAAGGUUCAGAUGUAUAUCAUGGGGUUCAUUGUCAGAAUUGGGGGAAUUAAAGUCCCUCGCUGAACAUUAUGUACUGUAUUAGUAUACUGUGCUUAUUAUUUUUGUGCUAAUGCACAUUGUUGACCAGUUUGCAUCUUUUCCGAGUCUUGGAUGUUACUCAAGAAUGUAGUGAUGUGUAGGAAUUCCACAAUUGUGUAGUGGGAUAAGAUAGUUAUUAUUUCAACAUUGUUUGAUAUUAAAGAUAUAUUUUCA